AUGGCCUUCGUCAUGGCCGGGCUGCGGGGCAUGAACGCCUUCGCCGAGCGGCGCCCCCUGGGCACGGCCGUCGUCGUCACGGGCGCCAAGGCGGGCGUCGCGGACCUCAUGGUCCAGCUCCUCGUCGAGCGGCGCGAGACCGUCGACCCGCGGCGGACGCUGCUCUUCACGUCGUUCGGCGCGUCCUACCAGGGCAUGUGGCAGUACUUCAUGUACAACAAGCUCUUCGAGCGCAUCUGGCCCGGCCGGACCUGGGGCAACACCAUCGCGAAGAUCGCCGCGUCGAAUUUGAUCAGCGACCCGGUCUUCUUUUUCCCGACGUUCUACACGUUCCGCGAGGUCUGCAACACGGGCGAGCUCGGGCCCCAGUCCUUCACGAACGGCCUGCACCGCUACUCGCAGAACUACUUCAACGACUGGCUGAACUCCUGGGCCAUCUGGGUCCCGGGCUACACGGUGACCUACGCGGUCAUGCCGACGCACCUGCGCAUGCCCUGGAUCGCGGGCGUCUCCUUCGGCUACGUCUGCCUGCUGAGCUUGACGCGCGGCGCCUACCAGGAGGAGGCGGGCGAACUCGAGGACGCCGCGGCCGCCGCGCCGUUGAUUCCGCUCGCCGCCGCCGCGGCGCCGAAGAAGUACUCGGCCGACGACGCGAAGCAGGCCAUCGCGGGCAUCAAGGCCGGCCGCAAGGCCCUCGACGGCAUCGACGCGCUGCUCGCCAAGGGCGACUUCGACGGCGCCGCCGCGGCGCUCGCGCCCAUCGACGCCUUCGAGGACCAGGCGACGAUCAUCAUCCAGGCGCCGGUGCUCGCCGCGGAGGACAAGAAGGCCAUCGGCACGAUUAGGCGCUACGGCGUCGCCGCGGACGUCAUCAUCAUGGCCGGCGGCCUCAAGGAGGCGCUCCGCGACGAGGACGCGCGCGGCGCGAAGAGCUACCUGGCCAAGUGCAAGGGCUCCCUCGACGAGGUCAUCAGCAUCGCCAAGGGCGGCGGGCUGCGAUGA